UCAGCUACAACUGCUUCAUCGCGGCCGGGCUCUACGCCCUCCUGGGGCAGGUCCUUUUGGGCAUUUUCUUCAACGUUCACUCCGCCGUCCUCAUCGAGGAUGUUCCCUUCACCGAGGAGGAUUUUAAGGAUGGCCCCGACCGGAUCUACCGUCUGUACGAACAAGUCAGCUACAACUGCUUCAUCGCGGCCGGGCUCUACGCCCUCCUGGGGGGGUUCUCCCUCUGCCAGAGCCGCCUCAACAAGCGCAAAGAAUACAUGGUCCGGUAGAGAAAAAGACCCCAAAACCCCCAAAAUUCACCCCAAAUUCACCCCUCCCCAAAAAACCCCUUCCUUACACUCCGCUCUGCCCCAAACCCACCCUUGGAGGACCAGCUCUUUUCUCCCCGUCGCCUCCUAAACCAGUACGGACCAGUCGGACCAAUAAAGGGCGUUUUUCCCUA